AUGAUAAAAAUGCAGUCCAUGCAGACCGUUCUCAAGCAAUACUUUGGGUUUUCUUCAUUUCGGCCGUACCAAAAGGACGUGAUAGAGAAAAUCAUAGAGGGAAAUGACUCAUUGAUUGUCAUGGCCACUGGAAGCGGCAAGUCCUUGUGCUAUCAAGUGCCUCCUUUGGUUGUUGGAAAGACUGGUGUGGUUGUGAGCCCUCUUAUAUCCUUAAUGCAAGAUCAGGUAAUGUCUUUGAAACAACGAGGAAUCAGAGCUGAGUUUAUGGGAAGUAGUCAAACAGAUUCCACUGUCCAGAACAGAGCUGAAAGUGGUCAAUUUGAUAUUUUGUACAUGACCCCAGAAAAGGCAUGUUUGAUUCCUGCCAGUUUCUGGUCAAAAUUGCUUAGUGUUGGAAUCUGUUUGUUUGCUGUUGAUGAAGCACAUUGCAUAUCGGAGUGGGGCCAUGAUUUCAGGGUGGAAUACAAGAAAUUAGACAAGUUACGUGGCAUUCUUGUUGAUGUUCCAUUUAUUGCCUUAACUGCGACUGCUACUGAAAAGGUUCGAACGGACAUUGUUAAUUCCUUGAAGAUGCAAAACCCAUACGUUACCAUAGGCUCAUUUGAUCGUCCAAAUCUGUUUUAUGGUGUCAAGUCAUUCAAUCGUGGUCAAUCAUUUGUUCAUGAGUUAGUGCAAGAAGUUUCAAAAUUCGUACGCAGAGAUGGUUCAACUAUCGUUUACUGCACAACAAUUAAAGAUGUUGAGCAGGUAUUCAAGUCACUCAAGGAGCUAGGUAUUAAGGCUGGAAUCUAUCAUGGUCAAAUGGACAGUAAGGCUCGUGCAGAGUCCCAUAGAUUAUUUACAAGAGAUGAAUUAGAUGUCAUGGUUGCUACAAUUGCUUUUGGCAUGGGUAUUGAUAAGCCCAACAUAAGGCAAGUGAUACAUUAUGGGUGCCCAAAGAGUUUGGAGUCCUAUUACCAGGAAAGUGGACGCUGCGGCAGAGAUGGUGUGGCGUCUGUUUGCUGGCUUUAUUACACUAGAAGUGACUUUGCAAAAUCUGACUUUUAUGUUGGAGAGUUACAAACAGAAAGUCAACGUAGAGCUGUUGUUGAGUCAUUAAUGGCAGCACAACAGUAUUGUUUACUGACAACUUGCCGAAGGAAGUUCUUGCUUGGUCACUUUGGGGAAAAAGUUUUAGCUGAUAAAUGUGGUAUUUGUGAUAACUGCAUUUCCUCAAAGAGGGAGCGGGACAUGUCUAGAGAAGCAUUUCUUCUAAUGGCCUGCAUUCAAUCAUGUGGGAGUAAAUGGGGUCUCAAUAUGCCUGUAGACAUUCUUCGUGGCUCUCGAGCAAAAAAAAUUAUUGAUCCCCAAUAUGACAAGCUUCCACUACAUGGACUUGGGAAGGACUAUUCUUCAAAUUGGUGGAAAGCACUUGGUUACCAAUUAAUUUCUUCUGGUUAUUUGAUGGAAACAGUAAAUGACAUAUACAGAACUGUAAGUGUUAGUCCAAAAGGGUACCAAUUUCUUAGUUCUGCUGGGCCUGAUCAUCAAGCACCCCUAGUCUUGCCAGUGACCAGUGAAAUGGUCGAUGAUGAGGACAAUAAACAUGCCUCAGGUGAAGUUGGAGAAAUUAAAAGUUUUGCUACUGUGGAAUGUGAAGGAUUUUCAGAGGCUGAGAAACAACUCUACCACCUGCUUCUAGAAGAGAGAAGGAAGCUUGCAAGAGCCAUUGGAACUGCACCACCAUCUACCAAAGCAAGGUUAGCAAACAUUGAUGGUGUCAAUCAGCACCUUGUAGUGGCACAUGGAAACAAUUUUCUGCGUAUCAUCCGGGAUCUAUCACAAGGACUAAAUCUUACGUUGGAUGGAGAGGCAACUGUACAAACUGCUAUUACAAGAAAAGUCUAUCCAGUAUCCAACCAACCAAAAAAGUUAAUGCCAGCAAAGUUUGAAGCUUGGAAGAUGUGGCAUGAAGAGGGUCUCUCAAUUCGGAAAAUUGCUAACUUCCCUGGUAGACCUGCUCCUAUUAAAGAGCAGACUGUUCAUGAAUAUCUGAUGGACGCUGCUCAAGAAGGAUGUGAAAUUGAUUGGAUCAGAUUAUGCGACGAGGUUGGGCUGACGCGUAAAGUUUUGUCAGAUAUUCAGUGUGCCAUUUUAAAGGUUGGCUCUAGUGAAAAGUUGAAGCCUAUCAAAGAAGAAUUACCAGAAGAUAUAAGUUAUGGACACAUCAAGACUUGCCUGGCAAUGCAAAAGUAUGGAAUAUCUCUGGAAGUGAUUCCAUCUAACCUCCACGAUGCACAAAAAGCUGCUCAACUUUCGAACAAGGAAACAGAAUCGUUACCAUGUUCUACUCGUACAUCCCCCAUGGCAGGACCUUGUGAAGCUGAAACCUUGGUCCAAAACUCAGUUGCAACCAUGGGUGGAAAUGAAGAAACUGCUUCUCUUCCCUUAACCUGGGGACAAACAGUAAAGCUACCCAAAGUACAUUUUGAGGAUGCACUCUCAAAGAAACGCCAAAAACUAAGUAGUCCAGAUGACGGAAAUUCUAUUGCAUUGAAGGCAACAGAGAGUUCCUUAUUCAAUUGGCUUAAGAACAAAGAUGGGGUUACUCUCGCAGAGAUUUUGGAGCACUUCAAUGGAUCUGAAGAGCAAUCUGUCAUUGAUCUACUCAGUUGUCUUGAAGGUUGUCAAAUUGCUUAA